AGUCAAUGGGGCGGCAGCGGCCGCGGCGGAGCGCAGCGCGGGCCGGGGCCGCGGGCCGGGGGCCGGCAUGGCGGGGCGCUGAGGCGGCGCGGCGGUGAGGGGCGGCGGCGCGCCCCGGCAUGGGCAGCCGCGGGGCCCGGCGAUGAGCGCUCCCCCGGCCGCGACCCCCCGCGCGAAUAUGGGCACAGCCGUGUCCAAAAGGAAGACGCUCAGGAACGAGGCCAUGUCGUCCGUGGCGGCCAAAGUGAGAGCGGCGAGGGCUUUUGGAGAAUACCUUUCACAAAACCAUCCUGAAGGCAGAAAUGGCUCAGAUCACCUGCUAGCAGACUCCUACAUCGGGCAGGAGGACUCCCCUGAGAUGCAGCAGGUGGCCCAGAACAAGCGCAGGCUCUCGGUCAUCUCGGACGGCAAAUUCGAGAGGAGCUUCACUGAGGAGCAGGCGGAGAAGCUGCCGAGCGAGGGCCCCAAGCCACGAGUCUACACCAUCUCUGGAGAGAGGCCGAUGCUGUCGGAGCACGAGAAUGACAGCAUGGAACUGGUGGUGAUGAAGGGGGCCGCCCAUGAGGAGUGUCACCACGGCCACCACGCGCACGGCGCCGGCGGCUCACACGGCGUCCGGCACUGCAAGGCCUGGCCGGGUGGCCGCCAGGGCUCCAAAGAGUGCCCCAACUGCUCCAGGCUGGCUGCCCCUUCCCAGCAGUCCAUUGAGCUGGAGCAGCACCCACCUGGCGAGGCUGGGUGGCACAGGAAAAGGCUGGAGAGGAUGUACAGUGUCGAUCGAGUGUCUGAUGAUGUCCCCAUACGAACCUGGUUCCCAAAGGAGAACCUCUUCAGUUUUCACACUGCUACUACAACUAUGCAAGCCAUCUCGGCGUUCAGGGGCUACGCAGAGAGGAAGAGACGGAAACGAGAGAAUGAUUCUGCAGCUCUUAUCCAGAGGAAUUUUCGGAAGCACCUCCGCAUGGUGGGGAGCCGAAGGGUUAAAGCACAAACAUUUGCCGAACGGCGUGAGAGGAGCUUCAGCAGGUCCUGGAGUGACCCGACUCCCAUCAAAGCUGAUUCCUUCCAUGACUCUCGAGAAAGCCAUGACCUUCAGGAUUCCUGCGGGACUCUGGAUGGUGACUUUGACUUGAACUGGGAAGCAGAAAAGGAACUUGAAGCCAUGGCAUGUGAUGGAGAAGACUUUAUUCCACCAAAAAUAAUGCUCAUUUCUUCCAAGGUGCCCAAAGCAGAGUAUGUCCCAACAAUUAUCCGCAGGGACGACCCCUCCAUCAUCCCCAUCCUCUAUGACCAUGAACAUGCCACGUUUGAUGACAUCCUGGAGGAAAUAGAGAAGAAGCUGAACAUUUAUCGGAAAGGCUGCAAAAUCUGGAAAAUGCUAAUAUUUUGCCAGGGAGGCCCCGGGCACUUAUACUUGUUAAAGAACAAAGUCGCCACUUUCGCCAAAGUGGAGAAGGAGGAAGAUCUGAUCCUCUUCUGGAAGAGGUUGAGCAGGCUGAUGAGUAAAGUCAAUCCUGAACCAAAUAUCAUCCACAUCAUGGGCUGCUAUGUUCUUGGAAACCCCAAUGGGGAGAAGCUAUUUCAGAAUCUGAAAAACUUAAUGAAUCCUUAUAGGGUUGCCUUUGAGUCUCCACUUGAACUAUCAGCUCAAGGUAAGCAAAUGAUUGAGACUUACUUUGACUUCCGCCUUUACCGCCUCUGGAAGACCCGCCAGCACUCCAAACUGUUGGAUUACGAUGACAUUUUAUGAGCUGGAGAAGACUUUGCAAGAGGAAGCUCAUCACCAGUGUCCAAGAAGUCAUGCUUUAUUGCAGAAAGACUUAUUUAUUGGCACAGGGAGCCCUUCACAGCCCGACGGGAGGCAGCAGUGCUCAAGGGAGGGAAGGAGGAGCCCUCGAAGUGUCGGCAGGAAAAGUCUCCUGGGCCAAGAGAGACUGGAGGGAAGGGGGUGACAGUGACACCUCGCUGGCCUCAGUCCGAGCCGUGGGGCCUCAGGAGGAGCUGUGUGAAACGAGGACAGGAUGGAGUUCCUGGCAGAACUGAGCUGUUUUGGGUCAGAAUGGGCCAGAUUUGAUUCCAGGUCCUUUUAAAGACUUUUGAAGCUCAGGUUUUCUUACAAAAAAACCACAAACCGUAUUAACCCAUGCACUACAGUGAAGAAGUCACCAGAGCACAGAGGGAGCAGGGGGUUGUCCUGGUGGGACUUUCUGUGCUGGGAGUCCUGGAGAGCAAGGACUGCUAUACCUACUCCUGCAAGCUUAGAGCAAGAUGAUCCCAUUUCCAUGUGAAUAUAUACUGGGAUAUAGAAUUGAAAUCUUCUUUUUUUGUUUGUUUGUUUUGUUUAAUAGAAAAUAAGUGCAAUUUUUAUAGCGAGGGAGGGGGUAAAAUCCCUCCUGAUAUUUAAUCAGUUAAAAAUAACACACCAUAACCAAUAGAUGAGGUAUUUUUGGUCUGCUUGAAAAUAUAUUCAGAAUGGUAAUAUAUCUUCUGUAGACAUAUUUAAUCACCAGCAAACAUGGUUUUAACAUAAGUUAGCAGACUCUGCAUGUCUGCUGCAAUGGUUGUGUUCCUUUCAGAGUAGCUGUGCUGCACUAUCUGUACGUGCUCUCACAAAUGUGUAGUUCUCCUCCAGUUAGCCACAACUUCAUUACUUUCUAUUUUGCUGCUUGCAAAACUAUGGAACUUUAGUUUUGCUGAAAUACUUUAGGUUAGAAACACGGGACCUGGCUGGGAAACCUCCGUCAGGCUCACUUUGGUAUAAAAAUGAAUUAGAAAUUAAUAGCCAUGGUAAUUAAUUGUUCAUGCCAGUGUUUUGCUGUGUGUUGGGAGAGGAACUCUCUUCCUGUGUGGAGACCCCUCUGAGGGGGCUGAGCACUGAGGCAUUUGGGAGAAAUGCUUCUGGAGGGACACAGCACAGGCUUGGAGCAUGAGUUUGACUCUUUGUUCACUUGAUUGCCAGUUGUUUGUGCAUAACCCACCCCUUUUCCCCUGACCUGUUUCUUGGUCUGAGCUGCUCAGCCCCUUCCUGUGGAGGACAGAGAAAACCCUGAGCUCUGUCAGAGCAGCCUGAGAGCCCAGGUCUGUACUUGAUAUUUGAUGGUACCUUUUGGAAUCUAUUUAUUUUGUUUGGUAAGGGGGUGCUUUUUUGGUUUUGGGAAUGGGGCUUUUUUCACAUUCUACUGUCCUUUCAGAGGACAAAUAGAGUCUGUGUAGGUCACUGGCAAUUCUGGGACGUGACACAAGUUAUUUCUUUUACAAGCAAAGGAAGUAACAGGGAAGGAUUACCUUAUUUUCCUGAUUUCCUGGUAUCUCAGAUUUGUUGACUGUGAAGUGAAGGAAAACAUAUGUACAAAUCUUCUUUUAACUACUUACAAAGAGAACUUGGUGUUCUGAUCUGUAGAGUCCUCCUUUCCCUGUGCCAUACCUGUGGUUGUGAUUUUGGGGAGCAGGCCUCUGGCUAGAACUGCUGAACCCUUUACAUUUAGAGCAGUUUUUUAGCAAAACUUUUGAAGAAAUAAUGUACAUCCAGUAAGGAGAGGAAUGGGUGGAGAGAGGUAAAGUCACUGAAAGCCACACAGACAGGUGUGGGCUGUUGCCUCCCCUAGGCUGGGAGCUUUGGUAGCCACGUCUCAUCCCUGGACUCAGUCAGGUUUGCCAGACUUACAGUGAAGGGGAGAACAGGCACCAGUCUGUAGCUUUUGGAAGAAAAUGCCAGAUAUAAAAGAAAAAGAAUCCCAAAUUCAUGCCAAUUACUGUUUAGCAUUGGAGCUUCCACCAGCUCUGCGGUGAGAGGUGGGAGCCAGAGGUGCGCUGAAAGCACAAAGUCAUUUUAUCUGGAGAAGGAAAUGAUUGUGGGAGGAUUAAAAUGCUGACACAAAACUCUCUCCCUUUCUGACCCUUUCACCUCCUAACUGGGGACAGGCAAACUGUUCUUCCUUUCUCAAAUCCCAAUUCAGUGAACUUGGUAGCAUGAAUGUAGCAUUGUGCAACUAUUGAAAAUCUUAUUUAACCCCCAAAGGGCCCAUUUUUGUAUCCAGUUGAGUGAUUUCUCUGUAGAAUUGUUGUAUAUCCUCACUGACCACUUGUAGUGCUUGGGGUGCAAAGUAGAAGGUAGAUUGUACAGUAAUUUCUGUGUUGGAAUGGACACUAUGGAAUGUUCUCCUGGUGCAGUUUAUGGGAUAUGACAACUCGUGAAUGCAUUUCCCUCCAAAGAUCUAUAUUCCUCAUAGCUUGUGAUGUUUAUGACAUGAACAUUCUUUUCCUUUGUAGCAUUCAUAUGCCUAAAGAGAUGAAAUUCUCUCAGAGCCGUGACUGGAAUAGAGUUGUGAUGUUUGAUGUCCUGUGCGCAGCAGCGUCCUUGGAGUUAACCACUGGUGACAGAGGAAAACGCUUUUAUUCCCCUUUUUUACUGGUGGAGUUUUUCAGGUGGCUGCUGGGAAAGGAAGGGGUCAGCAGAGGCAAAUAAAAAUUGUAAUUAUUUAAACUUUAGAGGUAAAAAUAGAGCCUGGAACUUUCUCAGUGAGACCAGCCUGUAAAGGAUGAGCCCAGCAUGGUCCCAGCCAGGACAGCUCCAAGGCCCCGUGUGUUCCUCACCCCCUGUGCUCCUGCAGCAUCCCCUGGAGGUUCUGGGGCUCCCCCAGUGCCCUGCCUGGGGCAGCUGUGGCUGCUGGGCACACGGGACAAUCUGCCGUUCCUCUCCUACCUGUUCCUGCAGCUCUCACCACCCUGCUCUCGGGGCGUGUCUGAAACCAGUUCUGUCCUGCGCCGCCGGCAGUUCCGUGUGCCUGGGCUGGGUGAGCAGCGAGCGAAGAGCAGCUCCAUCCCCACUGCCCUGUCCCACCAGGGAACUGCUGCUCCUCUGUGCUCUGGAACUGCCUUUAGCAGGGCCAGGAGAGUGGGGACACCUGGUUCCCUUGAAGAGAAGCAGAUGGAGCUGCUGAUCGGAUGGCUGAGCUGGCUGCCAGCUCUGGCUGUUCACCAGCCUCGGGUGGGGUUUGUGCUGCCCUCGCUGGAGGUGGUGUUGGAUGUGACCCCAGCCCGAGCCUGGGUAAAUGUGUUACCAUGUGUUAAAUGUGAUAAAUGUGUCAUGGCCCGAGCUGGCAGUGUCACCUCCAGGACAGGAGGGGGCAGGAAGGGCCUCAUCUGUCCCAGCCCUGCUCCUCAGCCUGGCUCAGUGCUGGGGGUGCCCCAGGAUGUUCUCUGGUGCCUGCAGGGAAUGUUCACUCAGCUGGAGAGGCCUGGGGGAUCAUAGGCUCUGUGGAUGUGGCACUUUCAGAGGGGCUUUUCUCUUUUCCUCUUGUGUGGCUGGGAAGGAAAGGGAAGAAAAUUCAAGUUACCCAUGGAUAUAGAAAUAGGUAGAAACAGAUAAAGCUUUUUGCACCUCUGCUCAUGCUGCAGCCACCAGCUUCCCUUUGCAGCUGACCUCCAGGCCUGGGGUGGGAAACAUGAAUUCCCAGAUAAUCCCUUCCUGUGUUAAAAAAAAAAAAAAAAAAGAAAAAAAAGAAAAA